AAAAGAUUCCCUAGGUUCUGAGGGCGCAUUUCUUGAAGAGAGUUUACACAAAGAUAGGAAGACUAUCCCCUUGAGCUAUGGUCCAGACUCUGAAGGAAGGACUGUCAAAAUUUUAUCUUUAACUACUACCGAACGGACCUUUGGGAAUCUAGUGGUUGAUAAUGAAGGUAUGUCUCCCACUCCUGACCAUUCUCGGUCCGUUGGAUUAAGGCGCUCUCGCCGUAAUAUUCAGAACGUCCUUGACGAUGCCCAAGAUUCACGCGCGGUCUCUGUAGAUGAUUCAGACCAUGAAUCAGAAACUUCGAGGGGUGGAGGUGAAAAUGCAAGUGCUUUCGUUCCUCUUCAGAUGGUGUUUCCCGGUGGUCAGGAUUCCUGUUCUCUUCCAGCAAAACGUUCUGCACAACACGCCGCUGUUUCUUCGUCUAACACACGGCCGAUACCUUCUGAUUACGACCUUCUUAACAUGGUUUCAAGAAAGAAGAAAAUCCCAUCUAAGUUGGCCUCUGGUUGUUCCAAAACUCCACAAUGCCCAAAUACAGAAAUGAAAUCUGCUCCUCCUCGUCCAGUGAGUGCCACCACCAAUCCUGACUCUAGUGGGAAGAUGAAUGCUUCUUUCUCUCGUGACUUUUGUUGUUUGAAUGAUGCUCUUGUGAUGGGAAGUGAAAUGCCUCAAGUCCUGCUCUCCUCCUCAUCUGUUGUAUUCAAGGAUGUGUCCUCAGCUGGCCUGGCAUUGGCUUCCUCGGCUUUUGCUUUUCAG